CAUGAUUAUUGGUUAUUGCCAUUGACCUUACAGUUAGUAAAACGUGCUCAUUUUAGUAACAAAAUUUAAGAAGUUCUUUCAAAAUUUUAAAUUAAGUUUUCUAUAUAAAAUGUCAAAAUUGACCAAAUUUUUCGUUGGAAAUUUGCCGUGGACAGUUAGCAGUCGAGAACUCCGUAAAUAUUUUGCAUCAUUCGGCCACGUUGCUUCAGCAGACGUAUUGUUCGACCACUCUACUGGUUUAUCAAAGGGCUACGGAUUUGUUCAGUUUUCUACACCGGGUGGAUACGAAAAUGUUUUAAACAACAAUAAACAUGAAUUAGACGGACAAACAUUGGUUCUCAAGUCAGCAGAUUAUCAAUAAUAUUGUUGUCUUAUAAAUAAAAUUCCUGUUUUUUUUUUUUUUUUCAUUAGACCUAUUAGUAUAUAA